AUGAUGUUGCUGCGGCGAUGCUCUCCAAUUCUGCCCCUGCGACGGCGGGCAGUCUACAUCCCCCUCGCUCUCCUCCUGACGCUGGCCGUCUUCACUUUCUGGGACCCGGCACGCGGGCCGUGCUGUUCCGGCCUUCCCGGCCUUCCCGCGUGGUUGCCGUCGCCGGCGCCGUUGUCCGCCGUGCCGUUGGACGUGCUUUCCAUCCCCGAACUCGACGAGCCCUCCAUCCUCCCACCGCCAAAACACGACGGGUUCUGCACCCAGCGGUUUACCACGGCCUACCUCGAAGACCUCCGCGACCACUCCAUCCAGUACUGCGACCCAGUCGGCGGCACACUGCCACGGUCCCGCCUCACGUGCUUCCAUGCGCACGUCCGAGACGACAAGGGCGUCGACUCGUUUUGCCUCGGCACCAGUGCGACGUGGGAUGCGGGCCAGAAGACGUUCCGGUUGGACUGCCCCAUCCGCCGCCGGCCCGACGCCAACGAGACAGCGCGCGGCCUGAUCCCCUUUGAGAGCAUCGCCGCAUCUUGGUUCGACACGGGACCGCGGCGGGUGUUUGACAAGUUUGUGUCGUUGUCCCACGACGAGGCGUCGCCGGAGCAGCAGGUGUUGGAGACGAGCACGCCCCGCGAGACGAAGUCGUUUGUGCUUCUGGUCAAGCGCGAAGGCAACAACAAUCUAUGGCAUAGCCUGAUGGAGAUAUGGUCCAUGAUGAUGUCAGUCGAUGUGCUGCGCAUAGCACAGCAGCAAGACGAUGGCCGCGCAGACGGUGCGGCUGCGCCGUACUUUCGGUUCCCCGACGACCUCGACAACACCCACGUCGUCAUGUUGGACGAGUACGCCGAGGAGUCCACGUUUGACCUCUGGCGGUUCUUUUCCCGCCACCCCAUCGUCAAGCUGGCGGACAUGAUGAACGAUCCGUCGCGUGUGCCCCGCCCUCUGCAACCGGCCAGCGGCGGCGCCAACAUCAUCGUCCCGCUGUCCGGCGGCAGCAACCCGCUGUGGCAGAACGACUGGGUCGUGCGGGACUGCCGCGCGGCGCCGCUGCUCCAGCUCUUUGUGCGGCGCGUUUUUGAACACUAUCAGGUCCCGCGACAAGGCGGGCCGCGGCCGGCGUCGGCCGGGGGCGCGAGCGACAAAGACAUUGUCGUCACGUUCAUUGACCGGCGCGGGAGCCGCCAGCUGCUGGGCCAUGCGGCCCUGUUGCACACGCUGCAGGAACGGUACCCGAAUGUUGUCGUACAGUCGGUGGAUUUCGCGACGCUGUCGCUACCGGACCAGCUGCGCCUCGUCCAGGAGACCGAUGUGCUCGUCGGCGUCCACGGCGCGGGUCUCACGCAUACCAUGUUCAUGCGCGAGAACGCGGGCGCGGUCGUCGAGGUCCAGCCCGCGAAUUUGGGCCACAAGGGGUUCCGGAACUUGGCGGCGCUGACGGGGCACAACUAUUUCAGUGCCCAGGCCGAGAUGGCGGUGCCCGGGGAGGACGAAGAGGAAGGGGACAAAAAUGAAAACGGCGAGAAUAAAACGUCUAUCGCCCGGCGAGGCGACCCAGAAAAACCAUGGCAGUCGUCCCAUGUGCGCAUCGAGGAGGACCGCUUUCUGGCGCUGAUGGAUGUGGCAAUCAAGUCACUGUACAACGAGGGGCUUCGAAACCACGAUGUAAUAUAG